UCUUCGAAGUGAGAUGAACUUUAUCUAUCAGCAUUACUACACAGCUAAUCGAAUCCUUCUCGAAAUUAUGGGAUUAUGGCCGUACAACAAUUCGGUAUUUGUGCAUAUUUACAGAGUAAUCCUAUUUACGAUCUUUGCGUCUUCUUCCGUUACUCAGUUCGCGAAAUUGCACAGUACCAUACACGAUUUUGAUCGCUUCCUAUAUAAUCUGACGUAUGCAGUGCCUUCUCUCAUUUAUAUCCUGAAAUUUCUCACCUACAUCGUUUACAGUAACCAGGUUAAACAACUGAUAGAGCGAAUACAGCACGACUGGGAUAUAUUCAAGGACGAGAAAGAACGCGAGAUUAUACGCUGUAAUGCCACAAGCGCAAUGCGAUACACGAUAGCUUUGUACGUUAUGAGUUUUUUCGCACUGUUCGGCUAUGUCGUCAUGUUAUAUCUUCCGACCUUCCUCGAUCUCGUUUACCCCUUGAACGAAUCUCGUCCGAAAAAAUUGCCCAUCUUAUCGGAAUAUUUCUUUCUCGACGAGCAAGACUAUUAUUACCCCCUUCUGGUGCACCAGUCGAUGGUAAUUGCAUUAGGCAUAACCAUAGUAAUUGUUACCGAGACAAUGAACAUGGUGUGCAUUCAACACGGUUGCGGACUGUUUGAGAUAACCAGUUACCGUUUGAAACACGUUUUCGACAACGAGAUAUUUCCGUCCGACCUAUCCGACUACGAGAAAUACAGCAUAAUUCACUCGAAGAUCAUCAAGGCCGUAAUGAUUCACAAGAGAACUAUCGAGUUUUUAGAUUACUUCAAGUCGACUUUUAACCCGUCCUACAUGAUCUUGCUCAUACUCGGCGUAGCCAGUAUUACCAUCAACCUGUUUCGUCUAUUACAGGCCGUCACAGUGAUGAACGAUUGGGAGGAACUAAUGGCAUCCGGAUCUUUCGUUCUAGGCCAAUAUGGCUACAUGUUUACUAUCAAUUAUUUUGGCCAGAAAUUAAACGACCGUAGCUUCUAUGUGUUCAAAAUGACGUACGAAGCAUCCUGGUAUACGGCACCAGUACAAGCGCAAAAAUUUCUCAUAUUAAUGCAGCAGAAAAUGAUCAAGGGUUACAUAUUGAAUAUCAACAGUUUGAUUACAGCGUCACUGGAAACCUUCGCAUCGCUAACGAGCAUGACGCUGUCAUAUCUCACUGUGAUCUAUUCCGUACGUUGAGAUCGAAACAGACCGUGAGUCUAAUUCUAGUAAUCGAUACAGAAAGUUGUAUCAGCAGCACUCAUGAGACAACUUAUUCUCGUAGAAUAAAAUACAUUCGCUAUUAGUAAACAUCACAUGAAAAA